AUGGCAAGACGAUUUUCAGAGGAAAAUAUCGCAUCUAGCGGUUUCAGUUUGCCAGAAUCGAGCAGAGACGGCGCUUCAAACACUCCUGGUGCAACGACGAAAGCAACGACUCGCUUUUCGCGCUAUGCCAGUCCAGACACAAACACGAAAGCGAGAAAAUCUGCGACUAAAAAUUCGACUACAGCAAGAAGGCCACCUGUAAUGGCUCCUAAACAAACUACAACCGGUGUUAAACAAGCUGCAAGUAACAAGAAAAAGACUUCAAACACUGCAAUAUCGCCGAGAAAGCCCACAAUGUUAGCGCCAAAAGGUUACACUGUACGGCCUAUAGUCCCCGCUUCGAAAGCAGAACUUCUGCCCGUAGCAAGGGCAAUGAAUCGCGAAGAUUUCGCUCCGAGGUUGAAAAAGUUGUUCGAUCCUGAAAGGGAAGCUGCUUUGGAGGCGAUUGAGACGGGUAUAUAUAUCGGCUGGCGAUGCCCUGAGUUCAAACAUGAUUGUAUACGAGUCGGAAAAUCAUCGAAAUGUUUUUGUGGACAUUUUUUAUCGGAGCAUAGUAGUUACCAUGGUAACAGCGUCAACGUGCCGUGUCGCGCGUGUGAGUGUAAAGCGUUCGCGUUUGUUCCCGCACGGACAGAAGAGGUGGGGGAAUGGUGGCUACAAAGACGGCGAAAUUUCGACCCCAGUACCUGGAGAGCGAAGUGCAAAUGCAAGCACACACACGAGGAACACAGCCCGACAAAUCCAAGGAGAUGUCGUGUAAAGUCCUGCCCGUGCGCAGGUUUCCAUUCGGCUUUCUUGUGUGCUGCAUGUGACAGACAUUGGGAACAGCACGAGACUGUUUUUGAAAGUGCAGAACACCGCCGGCUCGAGGGUAUUCCGUACGGACAACAUUAUCUGCCCUUUCAUGAAAUGCCCGAGUUGAGAAAUGUUGUUUUGACUGGCCGAGAGGAUGAUAGUUCGAUGUACGAGGAGUUAGCCUCGGGGCCUUAUGCUAUCCCGGAAAAUAGACCCUCUGCUUUAGCACUGCAGCUACGGGGAGACUCGACCAAAAAGCCUCGGUGA